GGGGCUCCGGGCUGCAGACGUGACGCGGCAAAGUGAGCGGGACUGGACGUCCAGCUCCGCCCCCCGUGCAGGCUGCAGUCAGGAGUAUCAGAAUAACGUUUCAGUAAACUGCAGCUAAAACUGAACAAUAAUGAAUAAAUAAGACUCUAGACUCUACAAUGGUGCCUAUAUUUCCUAAAGUAAAGUCUGGGAACAGGGCAGGCAGGGAGCUGGAGGCUGAGCUCAGUGAGCUCAGGAAGGAAAACGCUUACCUGAAGAACAGCAUCGAGGAGCUCGUCUGCCAGAAGGGGGCGCAAUCAGAGGAGAUCAGGUUGCUCAGGCAGCAGCUCCAGGCGGAACACGGGGAGGUUCUGACCAGUCUGGAGCUCCAGUUAAACCAGCAGAGACUGAAGGAGCAGCAGAGGAAGAACCAGUUCCAACAUUUAAACAAGGAAACAGAAAACCUAAAGAACAAGACGCAGGAACUGUGCACUAAACUACAGGAGCUACAGAACACACACCAUCUGAUUACAAGUGGCACCACAGAUGGUCCGUGCACCAGCAGCGACGCCACAGUGAUCCAGGAACACCUGAAGGACGCUCUGGAGAAGAAUCAGCAGUGGCUGGUUUAUGAUCAGCAGAGGGAGAUGUUUGUGAGGAUGCAGUUGGACAGGAUCUGGGUUCUGGAGCAGCAGCUGAAACAGGCUAAUGAAGAUGCUCAGCUGAAACGGGAAGAGACCAGCACUGCAGUAAAGCAGGCUGUGGAGGAGCAGAAGCAGUAUUAUGAGGAGCUCCUGGACUCGGCGAUGGUGCAGGUGAAGGUGGAGGAGGAGCAGGUGGUACAGGGCCGGAGGAGGAUGGGUUGGCUGCAGCAGCAGUAUGAGGGGAGGCUGCAGGAGGUGGAGGAGGUGAAGCAGCAGCUGGAGGCUGAGCGUCUCCGGGGCAAGAAGAAGCUGCAGGAGGAGAGGAGGUGCUCGGGGGGGCAUGUGGAGCAGCUUCAUACCCAGCUGAAGGACUUCGGGUCCAGGCUGGAGAAAGAGAGGCUCUGGUCAUCAGAGCUUCAGCAGCAGAUUCAGGCGUCUGCCAAAGAUCUGGAGAAGGAGAAGCGUGAUAAUCUGCGUCUCCAGCAGCAGCUCUGCAGAGUUCUGGAGAAGCUGAGAAAAGCCGAGGACAGCGUGGCCAGAUUACAAUCUGAGGAAGAAGGUUCUGAGUCUGGAUUAGAAGGUCAGUUUCACUUCAGCUCUCCCGUGAGAGUGCACAGCCUGCAGGACGAGAGCUUUCUGGAGUGUCCGAAAUGCAAAACUCUGUAUCCAACCAGUCGCCACAGAGAGCUGCUGGCUCAUAUUGAGGAUUGCUGUGAAUAAGUUGUUUAUACGAUUUCAAUUAGUUGUUUAAUUACAUAUUUUUGUUCUUUAUUUUCACUUAAAUAAACAAUUCAAUUUCCAUA